AUGCUCGAGUGCGCGGGCUGCCGCGACCGCUUCCACCUGCGCUGCCUCGACACCAACCUGGAGAGCAAGCCCGAGCUGUGGGACAAGUGGAGGUGCCUCGAGUGCAAGCAGUGCGAGGUUUGCAAGAAGGACGGCAGCAAGAUCCGGCUGGCCAUCUGCGAGGACUGCGACGAGGGCUACCACAUCGAGUGCCUCGACCCGCCGCUCAAGUCCUUCCCCCACCGCAACUUCAAGUGCCCCAAGUGCGUCAAGUGCUCGUCGUGCGGCACGCGCACGGCCAAGGCGUGGCGCUCCGACUACACCAUGUGCAAGCCGUGCGGCACCCUCUUCCGCGACCGCCGCUUCUGCGCCAUCUGCCUCUCGGUGUACAAGCAGCACGAGACCGACAUGGUGCAGUGCGACAAGUGCCGCUUCUGGAUCCACGCGCGGUGCGAC